GCAGUUGUUAAUGAAGUUAUGGAAGAAGAUGUGAAACACUUGAGACAAGUGAUACGGCAACUAAGGGAUGAGCUCCACCGAAUUAAAGAAAAUGGCUACAACCCAAUGGGUUCAAGUGGAGGUCAUUCAGCAGCUUGGAUCCGGCGAAGCUUGAAUUUGUUACAGUCCAGCCUCAAUCGACCACCACCAUUAUCGCGUGUUGAUGAAGAUGGUGAUGAGGAGAUGGAAAUUGACGAGGAAGUUAUUGAGGACCAUGAUGAAGCUUCCUGCAAUACCAAUAUGCCGAGUAAUUGUAAUAUUGCAUCUGACAAUGACAAUGGAAUGAACACUGAUGAUCAGGAUUUAUCUCAACCUAGUGAGGAGAAAAAUAUACCUGGCAGUAAAAGUCUCAGUGAACCUUCAUGUCCAAUGGGUGAAUCUGACAUUGGAAGUUUUACAGGUUUUUCAGCCCCAGAUGUGCCCAGUGAGUCUCCUAGUGCAGCAAUGAAUUGUGUCUCACCUGCCAGUCUUAGCAUAGUUCAGUGUGAUUUGUCCCCAAUCCUUAAAUCCCCAGCUCCUAGUGUUUCACCUAGAAUCAGUACCAGCAGAAAAAGUCUGAGGACAUCAACAGGGUUGUCUCCUUCUGAGAAUGAUCUUCAUGUUGAAAAAGAUUUGGGAAUUAGAACUAGCAAUAAGAAAAACUCAUAUUCUGCAUGUAGUAGUCAGACAGCUCCAAAUUUCAUUAGUAAAACAGAAAAUUUAGCAGCAAGCAUACGCCAUGGUCUUGAAAUUAUUGAUAGUUACCAACGCAAUUCAGCUUUGAGGCAGUCAGCAAACAGGUUUUCCUUACGGCCAAGAGAAUCUAAAUUAGUUUUUCCAAUUGACAAAGUUGAUGUGGGGCUGCAGACUUCUCUUGAUGAUAAUGUUGGAGAGAAUUCUGUUUUAUUCACCUGUAGUAAUUGUAAAAGCAGAGCACAACUUGAGGCCAACGAGACUGACAAUAACUCAAACCUACAGUUAGUACCGUUUGAAUGUCCUGGGUCUGUUGAUAGGCCAAAGAAACAAGUGCUCAAAGCAGUAGAAAAGGUUUUGGCAGAAUCUAUAAGGAGAGAAAUGGCACUUGAAGAGUUUUGUGCCAAGCAGAGUUCUGAGAUAUUGCAGCUUAAUCGCCUGGUGGAACAGUACAAGCAUGAGAUCGAAUGCAAUGCUAUAGUUACACAGACAAGGGAAGAUAAAAUUCUUCGUCUUGAGAGCCUCAUGGAUGGUGUUUUACCCACUGAAGAGUUCAUGGCAGAAGAACUAGUGGCUCUUAACCAUGAACACAAGUUGUUAAAGGAUAAGUACGAGAAUCAUCCAGAAGUUUUGGAAAUGAAGAUAGAGUUGAAAAAGGUGCAAGAUGAAUUGGAAAAGUAUCAAAAUUUCUAUAAAUUUGGGGAGAGAGAAGUGCUGAUGGAAGAGAUACAAAGUUUGAGAAGCCAGCUUCAAUUUUAUAUUGAAUCUUCAUCAACAUCAUCAAGGAAGCAAUAUCCUCUAUUGCAAUUGACGUUGUCUUCUGAUCCCAGUACGGCAGCAACCCUCGCUGCCAUUCCAGAGUUGACAGAUGAGAGAGAGAAAACAAACGAAAUUCUAGCAUCAUCCAAUAACGAUAUUGAAGCAAAGGAAAUUCUAGAAUCCUCCAAGAACAAUAAUGAAGCAAAAGAAAUUCUAGCAUCAUCCAAGAAUGAUAUUGAAGCACAAUUUGAACAAGAAAGAAUUAAAUGGACUGAGGCAGAAAGCAGGUGGAUUUGUCUUUCUGAAGAACUUAGAGCUGAGCUUGAAAGUAGCAGGUUGCUAUCUGAAAAGAGGAAGCGGGAAUUAGAUGCUGAGAGGCAGUGUACUCAGGAGCUUCAGGAAGCCAUGCACAUGGCUAUAGAAGGGCAUGCAAGACUUUUAGAACAAUAUGCUGAUUUGGAAGAGAAACACAUCCAUUUGCUUGCAAGGCAUAGACAGAUCCAAGAAGGAAUUGAGGAUGUCAAGAAAGCGGCUUCCAGAGCAGGAGUAAGAGGUGCAGAAUCUAAGUUCAUAAAUGCCCUUGCUGCUGAAAUUUCAGCGUUAAAAGCGGAAAGAGAAAAAGAACGAAGAAUCUUAAGGGAUGAAAAUAAAGGGCUUCAGUCACAGUUGAAGGACACUGCAGAAGCAGUACAAGCUGCUGGUGAACUGCUUUUGCGGCUUAAAGAGGCUGAAGAAACUGUCACUGCUGCACAGAAACGGGCGAUGGAUGCAGAACAGGAAGCCGCCAAGGCCUACAAACAAAUUGACAAGUUGAAGAAGAAACAUGAGAAGGAGAUCAUCACACUUAAUGAGCUCCUUGCAGAAGCACGUUUACCGAAGGGAUCGGUACGACCAACUUAUGAUGACGAUGUUGUCAUGCCCAGUUAUGACGACUCAAAGGAACAAAACCGUUUUAAUGAUCAGUUUGAGCCAUUUCAUAAUAAUGCAGAGUACGGCGAGCUUGCAAAACUAGCAGAACCAUCAUGGUUCUCUGGUUACGAUAGAUGUAACAUAUAAAUAUAUCAUCUCAUUACAGUGUGUCAUUUGUAUUAAUUUGUCCAUAUAUGAUUUGAAAAAAAAGGUUGUAUUCUUUCGUUCUUACUUUUUGUGAGCAUAAACGAGUUUCCCUCCCCAUUGCAGAAGCACGUUGAGUAGACACAAUAUUUACCCGAUAUCGAUUGUCGGUUGCAAAGUCGAUGAUGCAGCUCUUCAUUCUUUGUUAUUCUUAAUUCCAAUUUAUGAAAUUAUAUUAUUAACAUA